AUGUCUCUCAAAUACUCAGACCUCUAUGAAGAAUUAGAGACCAUUGGUAGUGGAAGUUAUGGAUCUGCAUAUUUGGUUAAGAAUAAAAAGACUGGCCAAUUGUCUGUGGCUAAAAAGGUUCAUUUGGGCAAACUCUCAGAAAAAGAGAAAAUAAGUGCCUUGAGAGAAGCAGAACUAUUAAAAAGUCUAGAUCAUCCCAACAUAGUCUAAUAUAUGGGCAGUUUCGCAGAUAGUAGUUAAUUAAUUAUAUUGAUGGAAUAUUGCGAGGAAGGAGACUUACAAUAUCACAUCAAAAAAAGAAAGUAAGGUAAAUAAAUCCAAUACUUUCCUGAGAAAAUGAUCUUGAAUUGGUUCAUCCAAUAAUUAUUUGCUCUCUAAUUCAUCCAUUCAAAAAAGAUAUUACAUAGAGACAUUAAAACAAGCAACAUAUUUCUGACUUCAAAUGGAACAGUUAAACUUGGAGAUUUUGGAGUUUCCAAAGUUUUAGAAAGUACCUUCGAUUAGGCAUCAACUGUUGCUGGUACCCCUUAUUAUAUGAGUCCAGAAGUCUGUGAAAAUAAACCCUAUACUUUUAAAUCUGAUGUUUGGGCUCUUGGAUGUGUUUUACAUGAAUUAUGCACAUUCAAACAUGCAUUUGAUGCUAAAAACAUACUAAGUUUGGUAACUAAGAUUUUGAAUGGUCAAACUGAAACCCUCCCUUCUCAUUAUUCAAAGGAUCUGCAAUAAUUAAUUCAUAGACUUCUUACUAAAUAGGUUUAAUCACGUCCCCUUGUUGCCGAAAUUAUUAACAUGCCCUUCAUUCAAUCUGUUAUGCAAGAUUUUAUUAGAAGCGGAGGCAAACAAAACUUCUGCUCAGUUGUUGGAGUCAAAAAAAUCAAAUAACAUGAAAUUCAAGCACAUAAUUAACAUUAAAUCUAAUAAAACUAGAUAAAUUAAUCGAAAUAGGAUUAAGAAUCUUAUGAACAUUCUAUCAAAGAUGAAAUCAAUAAAGAUGAGAGUAUUAAUUAGACUGUAUUGUCGCAAUCAUUAAAUAAAAAGCAGAUUGACAAUGCAAGUAGAUAUACAAUUGGUGAUACAAUAAUGAGUUAAGCAUCGUAAUUCUUAGAACCAGAACCUAAACAAAUAUCUCCGAAGUCUAUUUUAAAAUUAAAGAAAGAAUAAGAGACUUAAUAGAAAAUUGAAAUGUUAUCUAAAGCAGCUUAAAAUAUUAGUCAACAAAACUAAAAAUAGGCUGAAUUAAGGGAAAAUUUAAAAUCUCUAUGGAACUCAAUCAUAGUUUUAUCAAUAGAAACAGUAAGAAAUAUAGCAAACAACAACUCAAUAAUAAUUUUAUUAAAAGCAGUAACAAACAGAAAUACCUUUAUAGAAAAGCUAAGUUUAAUAAUAAUAACAAUAGACUUCUAAACAAUAAGUCUAUAAUCAUCUUCUAAAUUUAAACCAAUUGAUGAAGAAGUAAUGAAGAAAAGUUUAUUGAAUUUAAAGCAGAAGUAAGCUUAAAAGAAAGAACAGUCUUCAAAAAAUUAAACAAUGGACUACCAGUAUGAUGAAUAUCCUGAGGAUUUUGAGUAUUAUGAUGACUUUGAGGAUUAUGAUUCGGAUAAUGAAUUUUAGAAUGAGACAGUUAUAAAUGAAGAAAUAUUGGGUGAUGAAAUGGAUGGUACGAGAUUGACUCAAAGGUAAUCUGAUUAGGAUUUGUAAAAUGUAGUGGAAGUCUAUAAAAAUGAAUUAGCAAAAGCUAAAAGUGGAAAUGAUACUUUGGCAGAAAUAUAAGAAGAGCCUGAAUCGUCGUAUUCGUCCAGUUUUUAUAAGACUGAUGAGAAAUUUAAGCCAAAAAUUUCAAUGAUCGAAAACCUGAAAAAGAGCAUUUUGCAGUAGAUCCCUUAAGAUUUGUUUAAUUUUGCUUACAAUAGAAUUCUGAAGGCUAUUGAGAAUAAGCAGAGUUCUUAAGAAGUACUUCUUAUAAAAAUUAUUCGGUAGAUGUACAAAGAGUUAAAGUAGAUUUUAGGCAAAAAGUAUUCGGGAGCUGGAUUUUAAAUAGAAUAAUUGAUAUAUCAGGAGCAAUUAUAUAAACACUUUUAAAACUGA